UUCUUUGUCGAAUGACCCCUCAGGUUCUUCGCCAAUCUUGGACUCCUCUCAUACGUUUUCCAAGAUCUUAAAGCAGGAUGUCAACAACCUCAUCACAGCUCCUAAGGAUGAAUAAUUCGUUGCGAUGCGGUCUGCUUACGAUCACACCCGUAUUCCUGCAUUGCUGGUCAGCGAGACAGAGUGUAUCCAGCGUUAUCCAGGAAAUCAUCCCCAAGUGGCAUCGAAUGCAUGCGCGCAUCUGUAAUAAAGGAGACCUAUUAGAGUGCCGUGAAGAGAUUGGACAAUGCCGUGGAGUGUCCGCAGGCUCAAGGGCCUUGAUUUCAUGUGAAGUCACUAGUGAAUAUACUCAGAGUCAUGGCGGCCGAUUGACGUGCGAGCGGUCAUGACAUCGGUAAUGGCAUGGUACUUACAUGGAGGUGGACUGUGCAGGCAGAUGGAGACGCUGAUAGUCCGACGUUGACUGAUUUCGCAUGCACCUAGCUCUCUCGCAGUCUACCGUAGUCCCUCGAUUGGAACCUGCAUGCAUGAGGCUACACGCGAAUGUCCCGAAGGUGUAUAUCAUGAUUACGCAGCGAAUGUCGGAUAACA